AUGAACAGCACUGGGAACAGUAGUGCUUCCAGCAACGUAAGCAGUAACAACAGUGGUAGCCGCAAGGGAGAGGGCGAGAGCGGGCAGUGGUUCAGGCUGAACGGGCAGCAGCGGAGCUUCCAUGACAAGGGCGUUCGUGUGACCAUCAUUGACUUCUCCCUCUCUCGUCUCCAGUCAGGUGCUCGAGUGCAUUUCAGCGACCUCUCCCAAGAGCCAUCCAUUUUCCAGGGCGAUAAGGGCCACCCCCAGGUGAGUGCUGCUCCAGGUGGGUGCUGCCCCAGGUGUCCUCAGACCAACAGUCUCUGGCUCAAAUACCUGGCAGAGAUGCUGCAGACGGGCAAGAAGACUCGCUUCAAGGCCAGCAAAAAGAGGGCCAUCAUCCAGUUCAAGCAGCGCAUGGCUGCAUGUCGUUCUGGAGAAGCUGCACUCGAUGAUGAGCUCUUCAACAGCCUUUGGCGCUCCUAUACCGGGUCGCACCGUAACGGCCGAUUCGACACGUCGAUCGAUCCUAGGUACUCCGUCGUUCUCGCUGGAGAGAACUCCUCCAACGACGGCCGCCGCAGCGAUGACGGCAACAGCAUGGAGUGUUGGCGCGAGUGCAAGAACCGCAACCAGAGGCCUGGACGGGCGCGCGCGGCGAGCCCCAUGGUCUACUGGCAGUACGAGCCCUUCACCGACGCCAGCACCGGAGGACUCUGCAGCUGUUUCGGCGCCGCUGCGUGCAAUGGCCGCCGUUUCGUGCGGCCGUCAGAAGACGACAGCAACCUGCCGGCCGUCAACUUUGUCGGCAAAAUCUGCCCGGCGAACGGAACAGGCGACCCGCACUUUGUCGGAGCUGACGGGUCGCGGUUCGAUUUCAGCGGGCGCCCAGGCGAGGACUACGCGCUGAUCUCGGACGUACACGUGGCAGUGAACGCGCACUUCGGGGGGCGGUGGGGCGAAUGGGAGGGACGCAACAAGGCGCUGACGUGGAUGCGAAAGAUCUCGAUUCUGUGGGGCCACCACUCGAUCGUUUUCGAGGCGCGCGAAGGGUGGGAGCCUGGUUACCGAAACGGUUACCUCCAACGGCUGUCGGCUGACUCGGACGACGUGAAACUUGGCCGGCCAGGCUCGCACCUGGAUGUCGUUUCUUUUUUCGACGGGCAGGUUGAGCUGCGAUGGGCAGCUGCAAAAAAACCCGCUAAGCGCGAGCUUGUUGACGAGUACGAAGUUCGCAUAGGCGACGUGCUGUCGCUCAGGCUGACGCUGCGACCCGAGAUCGCAGCGCUUCGCACGGACGACGACGGCGUGGUGCAUUUCACGGUGGACGUGCUGAGCGCGAAGCUGUCGCCCAACGUGCACGGCGUGCUGGGUCAGACGUUCCGACCUGACUUCAUCGGACGGCUUGAGCGGCAGAAGCUAGUGUGGAGCAACCUUUUCAAGACCCAAGUGGUUCCUGGCGACAACGCCGAGGGGUUUAUCGACGGUACUGUAGACGACUAUAAGUGUACCGACCUCGCCCACUCGGACUGCGCCUUCUGUCGCUUUGUGCGCGCGGAAGCGCUGGACGAUGAAACUGCCUCCGCUAUAGAGCUGGCUGCUGGCGUUUCGUCCUCUUAUAGUGACAACGGCCGCACCUAUCCACGCAAGGCACUAGUCGGAGCUUUCUAA